CUAUCUGUGACGGUCCGUUCCCUCUCCGGCAGCUAUCUGCGCCUGUACACGACCAUGCCGGUGGAGAAGAUGGCCACUUUCAUGGGUCUGAGUGCCGACGUGUUCCGCUCCUAUCUGAUGUGCUUCAAGCACAAGAUGAAGAACGUGGUGUGGUGGGGCACCUCCGGUCUGGACGGCGAGUUCCAGUCCGACUCCGAGAUCGACUUCUACAUCGACGGCGACAUGAUCCACAUCGCCGACACCAAGGUGGCCCAGCGGUACGGCGACUACUUCAUCCGGCAGAUCCACAAGCUGGAGGAGCUCAACCAGUCGCUGCGCGCCAUCAAGGUGUAGCCGCGGCUGCCUCCCGCCGCCGCCCUGACAGGUGGCGGCACAUCGGAUAGGCUAUGGGACGGAGCGGCCGGCCCCGCGGGGGAUAAAUACAUCUGGAUUGGAUUA